ACAACAGCAGCUUUUAAAAUCAAAUUUAAAAUACACAAACCAACAUUAGAUUAAAUAUAAAUACACAAAUAAAUUAGAUGUAAGAUUUAAAUAAAAAGGCAAAGUUCGAGGUUGAGCAGUUAUAAUGCAGGUGCAGCAUGAGAAACAGAUAAAUACAUGAAAGUUUUCCAUUUUAAUUUAAAAGUUGCUAGAGUUGGGACACAUUUGAGGUCAUGUGGAAGCUGAUUCCAUUUGUGUGCAGCAUAGUAGCUGAAAUAGCUUUACCCUGUUUGGUUCUGACCCAGGGUUCUACCGGCUGACUGCUUCCUAAGGAUCUCAGCGCCCUGCUGGCUGUAUAUACUGCAAGGAGAUCCAAAAUAUAUUUUGGCCCCAUGCCACUGAGUGGUUUAUAAGCUGGAAGAAGCACUUUGAAAUGGACUGUGUCGUUUACCGGUAGAGAGUUAAGAACAGGAGUGAUGUGCUCAGUUCUCUUGGUUCUUGUUUAGACUCUACCAGCAGAAUUCUUAAUAAGUUACAGUUGCUUCAAAGCUUUUUUGGACAGACCAGGCAAAUUAGCCUCUUUUAUAGUGGGUGGGUGCGUUUAAACUGCUGCAAAGUGUCACCUUUUGGACGUGUCCCAGAGGCGUUGGGACUAGGGUUGUCACGGUAACCGGUGCAAAUGAUAAUGAAUGACCCGCACCUGUAUAGCGCCUCUCAGAGUAAGGACUCCAAAGCGCUUUACACUACAGUGUAUCAUUCACCCAUUCACACACACAUUCACACACUGGUGAUGAUGAGCUAUGAUGUGGCCACAGCUGCCCUGGGGCACACUGACAGAGGCGAGGCUGCCGAGCACAGGUGCCACCGGUCCCUCCGACCACCAUCAGCAGGCAAGGUCAGGUCAGGUGUGGUGCUGUCUCUGCCUCUAAGGACAAAAACUAAAGAUUUGCCUACAAGAGACAUUCCAGAUGAGGAUUUGGGCAGCCACCGUGUUUUUCCUGUGGUUUGGUGUCCUUUCCUAACCCUGAUGACCUCAGCAUCUAUUUUGACCACAGAGUCGGCUCCAUCCCCAGACCGUUUCUACCAUUCCUGAGAAAAUUAACAAAACAAGAAACGUUGAAUUUGUGCAAAAGCUGUCGUGGGGUGCUCUUCCAAAUGCCUACCUCACGCCUAAAGAACAAAUCACUGCAUCUACAGCCCUGAUCAGCAGCCACCAUGACAUCAAGUAUAGGGGAUAGCCUCUUUGAUGGGUCGAUGGAAGAAGAUGAGAAGGACAAGGCAAAACGUGUUUCCCGUAACAAGUCAGAGAAGAAACGUAGAGAUCAGUUCAAUGUCCUCAUCAAGGAGCUUGGCACGAUGUUGCCAGGCAACACCAGGAAGAUGGACAAGUCCACCAUCCUGCAGAAAAGCAUCGACUUCCUGUGUAAACACAAAGAAAUUGCUGCUCAGUCGGAGUCCAGUGAGAUCAGACAGGACUGGAAACCUCCAUUUCUUAGCAACGAGGAGUUCACUCAGCUUAUGCUGGAGGCUCUGGAUGGGUUCUUUAUAGCAAUAAUGACUGAUGGAAACAUCCUGUAUGUCUCUGAGAGUGUCACCUCAUUACUAGAACACCUACCAGCCGACUUGGUGGACCAGAACCUGUUAAACUUCCUGCCUGUUGGGGAACACUCCGAAGUUUACAAAGCUUUGUCCACACACCCCUCCGACCCAGAGAGCCUCAGUACUGAUUAUUUGAAAACUAAGAAUCAUCUGGAGUUCUGCUGCCACAUGCUGCGAGGGGCUAUCGACCCUAAGGAACCUCCCGUUUACGAGUAUGUCAAGUUCAUCGGCAAUUUCAAGUCUCUCAACAAUGUUCCCAACAUUACAAGAAACGGCCUGGCGGGGGUGUUACAGCGAUCGCUGCAACCUGCCUUCGAUGACCAGGUGUGCUUUGUAGCCACAGUUCGGUUGGCCAAACCACAAUUUAUCAAGGAAAUGUGUACAGUAGAGGAACCUAAUGAGGAAUUUACCUCAAGGCACAGUCUAGAGUGGAAAUUCCUCUUCCUAGACCACAGGGCUCCACCAAUCAUAGGCUACCUGCCUUUUGAGGUUCUGGGAACAUCAGGGUAUGACUAUUACCACGUGGAUGACCUGGAGACACUAGCCAAAUGUCACGAACACUUGAUGCAGUAUGGAAAAGGGAAGUCGUGCUACUAUCGUUUCCUGACGAAAGGUCAACAGUGGAUCUGGCUGCAGACACACUACUACAUCACCUACCAUCAGUGGAACUCUCGACCUGAGUUUAUUGUCUGCACACACACAGUAGUCAGCUAUGCAGAAGUCAGGGCUGAACAACGCAGAGAGUUGGGGAUUGAAGAGACGAAUCCAGAGGCGACUGUUGAUAAAAGCCAGGACUCUGGCUCAGAAUCACAGCUCAACACCUCCAGCCUGAAGGAGGCUCUGGAACGAUUUGACCACAGCCGAACACCUUCAACGUCUUCACGUAGUUCCCGCAAGUCCUCCUCACAUGUCUCUGACAACACUUGCACUUCAACGGCCCCCAAGCUUCACAUGGAGAUGGCCACGCCUCCUCGGCAGUCACUAGCUUCCACCAUGGAGAUGACAUCACAACGUCGCUCAUCCAUCAGCAGCCAGUCUAUGAACUCUCAGACCACAGGUCAGAGUUUAAAUCCUACCAUGAUGCAGCAACAGCAGCAGCAACAACAACUACAACAACAGCAACAACAACAACUACAACAACAACAGCAACAACAACAGCAACAACAACAGCAACAACAACAACAGCAGCAGCAGCAGCAACAGCUUCAGACAAAUGUACAGCCGGUGAUGGAGUUCUCAGCACAGGUGAACGCCAUGCAGCACCUUAAAGAGCAGCUGGAGGACCGGACCAGGAGGAUCCAGGCUAACAUCCAGAGGCAGCAGGACGAGCUACGACACAUCCAGGAGCAGCUGCAGAGGGUCCAGGACCAGGGCAUACAGAUGAUGCUGCAGCAGCAGGGUGGACCCAUGAGCGUGCAGCUCCCUCAGGUGGGCUCAGUCCAGCAAACGCCCACCAUGACAGGUCAGGUCCAGCAAACAACAAUCAACCCUGUGCAUGCGGGAACUCAGCAACUCACCAUUCAGCAGCAGACGGCGCCCCCCCAACAAAACCUACAGCAGCAGACCAACACACUCACACAGCGUCAGCCACAACAGCAGGUUCAGGCUCAGCCCCAGCCCCCGGGAUCUGUAUCUGCCCCCAUGUACAACACCAUGAUGAUCUCCCAACCAGGGCAGCCCAACGUGCUGCAGAUCAGCACCAGCCUGCCUCAGAACAACCCACAGCAAGGCACAACUGUGGCUACCUUCACACAGGACCGACAGAUACGAUUUCCAGCAGGGCAGCAGCUGGUGACCAAACUUGUGACAACUCCAAUGCAUGCAUGUGGUGCAGUCAUGGUUCCCACCUCUAUGUUCAUGGGGCAGGUGGUUACUGCGUACAACCCCUUUGGUGGUCAGCAGCAGGGUGGGCAGACCCAGACUCUAACUCUGCAACCCGCCCAACCACCUCCAGGUCAGCCUGACGGCCAAAACCAAACAACUGUAGUUACACAGGGCAGCCAGCAGGGGCAGCAGCAGCAACAGCAAUUCCUACAAGGUACUCGGCUUCUCCACAGUAACCAGUCUACCCAGCUGAUCCUGCAGGCAGCUUUCCCUCUCCAACAGCAGGGAACUUUCACUCAGGCAACACUUCCACAGCAAUCUCAGCAGCAGCAGCAACAACAACAACAACAACAGCAGCAGCGACAACAACAGCAGCAACAACAAUCUCACCACCAGAGACACCAGCAGCAGCUGAAGCCGCAGCCCCAGAAACAGCAGAAAGUCCCGUCGUCUCACAGGACCGACAACGUUAGCAACCAGCCGCAGUAAAGUCUGGAGGAUCACGUGUGACUGCUGCAUAUGUUUGUGACUGUCACAAACAUUUGUUUCCUCCAGAAACCAUCGCCUUCCCUCGACUGGUCUGAAAGGAAAUGAGUUGUAGAAAAGAGGAAAGGCCGUGAGUUCGUAAAGUCCCCGUUUCCCCUCUUAGAGGUGGAAGCAUGAGCGAGCUUCAGUGUCCGGGGAGCCCUGAACAGAUACACUUCACUGCUACAGACUGUUGACUGACCGUGUACAGAUUUACUGUAUAAUAAAAAGAAAAUGUGUAAAUAUUCAGUACAGCCUAACAGAAAACAGGAACGUAGUAUUUUAUAUGACUGCAUGGAAAAAAUAACUGUGUAAGCUUUUAAUAGUAGCUUUGGAAACAUUUUUACUUUUAAGUGUUAUUUGUUCAAAGACAGAGCAGCGAUAUUGCUCUUUAAGCUUCCCCCCCCCCCAACCCCCAACCUAAAUCUCUAAAAAACAAGAAAGUAGUCCCAGGACGAGACUUUAAAGUCAGUCAGUGUGUUUAAAACCGACCGGGCUCGGGUGUUUUUGUGGAAGCUGCUUAUGAACACUGUGUCUCCAGGACAAAAACCAUUUUUCAAAAAAAUCUUUGUAAUUAUAAGUUUGGAGAAAACCAGAUUACAGUUAAACUGAAUUAUUUGCAGGGUGAUUACUGUACGUAUAACGGGUUUAGUGAUUCCAAGUGCCAACGACAUAGUGAAAUAUGAUUAUUUUUUUCUCCAGAUUAUUCAAAGUCGUAAAUAUUUUCCAUCAUAUUACCCCUAAUAAGAGUUUUCUUGUGUAUAUAGUAGGAAUUAUUUUUUAACAGUCGAAGAGCCCUAGCUAACAGUAUAUCCUCAACCUCCUGACAACUUCAGCACUUAAUGUGGUCGUGUAACGAAAAAUCACUGUUGAAACCUAGUUUUUGUAAUCCGUGGUGUGAUUCUGUGAGCUAACGUGUACUUUUUGAGAAUACAAUCCUUGUGUGCAUGGCUGGGCACCAGUGGGUGUGUGUGUGUGUGUGUGUGCGCGCGCGCUUGUGUUGCCCCUUGUGUCUUACAAAUAUUUGACUUAGUAAAGGUUUGAAGUUGCUGGAUGGUACUUGUCCUCUCAGGAAUGUGGGAAGAUGUUUUUGCUUCUGCCUCAGUCUGGAACCAGACCAGGAAGGAUCAGACAGUGAUGCUGCAAAGACCAAAGGAGUUAGUGGUGUCUUGAGUGGAGAAUUUGACCCAGAUGUAAAAAAAAACCCUCCCUUGUUUCCUUAUCAACACAGAGUUGUGCAGAUGCUGCAGUAAAACCCUCUUUACUCUCACCGAUUGACUUUAUUGAGUAAGAAAGUCUGGAUUUCUACCAAACAUCUACUGGUCUUCUUUGUCAUUGGUGUUUCAUCCUUCUGUCUCUUCCUAGGCCUCAGAAACCCUCAUGCAGUUUAGUUUGCUUGUCUCAGUUUUCAAACAGCAGUUUAAAGCAGGACUGGGUCCACGUCCAUCUGUAGGAGACAGCAAUGGAUCUUGGCUCAGUGUGUUCAGUGAUAAGCCAUAUCAAACAGAAAAGCCUUGGAGCGGAGGAGUGGAAUCUCUGGCAAAGGAGCAUUCUGAAUGUGUUGUUUUGUCUGAGUAGAAAAGUGUGUGUGUGUGUGUGUGUGUGCCUGCUCUGUCUUCUCGAUCCCCAGUGAGUCGUGGAGGGUGGCUGCUUAUACUGAGCCGUGUGUGUGUGUGUGUGUGUGUGUGUGUGUGUGUGUGUGUGUGUGUGUGUGUGUGUGUGUGUGUGUGUGUGUGUGUGUGUGUGUGUGAGGGAGGGAGAGAGAGUAUAGCAUCUCCUUUCCUUGAUCUUGUAUCACUUGGGGGUCCAGUAUUGGUUUCCCCUGGAGAUAGCCAAUCAGUUCUUGCGUUGCAGUAUAAAGAAGUCGUUUUUGAAACCCGCCCUCCUCGGUUGGGUUGUGUGUGUUUUGUGCAAACCUGUUGAUUACAUGGUUGUGUAAGACACGAUGUAUGCAUGGCAUCUGUCACUGUAACUCAUUAUAUUUUAAUAUGAAAACGUGUGUGUGUGUGUGAGAGAGACUGGAAAAGAAUGGAUGUUGGGCAAUGCAGAGCACUGGUUUACUAUCAGGUUAUAAAGUAGUGAAGAGUCCUAUAAACAAAUGUAUCAUUAAAGAUUUAGACAACUCCUAAUUACUAACAUGAGGACAACAAUAACUAAAGGUAGAAUAAACAGCUACUUCUCUUCUUGAGUUUGUCCUCAACUAUGAAACUUUAACAGCAAAGGUCUUCCACCUGUCCUACAGAGUAAUAAUGAACAGAUGAUUAUAUUUUGUGCCACUGAUACCCAGCCCAAAGAAUGUAAAGGUGAUUUAAAGACAAAUGGAUGUUGUAACUUCCAGUCAUGGGGAACCUCUUGACUGGAUUGACAUGAAGGACAAAGGAGCGGUGUGAAAGGAAAUCAUUUAUUUGCACCAAAAGAUUCCACACGUAGAAUCUAAAAUACAAUCGGUUUAUUUGUUUAGCAGGUUUUGUAUUGUUAGAAGAGAUUCUGGAUGUUUCACAGUCAGCAAAGGUUUCAUUUUUCCCAGGACUGUGUGUUCGACAUCUGCUUGGGGAGACAAAGAGAAAGGGUUUGGAAGCUGUUGAAUAGAGAAAUAUUGAAUAUUUGAUAUGGGACCGCAUUGACAAGACAGCCAUCCCCACCCACCCUCCUCCCACAGAUACACAAAUCACUUUGUUUUUGUUUGUUUUCUUUACCACCGUUCUGUUAUGGAGUCUAGUUCUAGUAUAAUUCUGUACACAAACACAAAGCUAAAACACCAGUAUUCAGUGUAAAACGGUGCUAUGCUUACCUGUACUGUACGUAUGUAUAUCCCUUCUUCUGCUCUUGAACUAUGCUCCUUUAUCUACCCCAAAGUCAAAUGUCAUAAUAAUCGAUAUUUUCAAGCAAAAUGUUUGCAAUUAUUAUAACCCCCCCUGCCCCUUCUUGGUCAACUUGAAAAUAAAAAAAAAACUGUUGCAAAUAUCAAA